CACAGCUCAGUUGUUGUCUCGCCGGCUGUGUUAGAGACACGAUAUGACCCGGUUUAUGUUUUAUAUUCCCAUACGUUCAAGCUGCCUUAACCAAAAAUCUCUGUGUAAAACCCUUCACAAGGUUCCAAAUCAGUAAAGAGAUAAACUCACGUUGAGUUUCAUCGUCAUCUUCAUCACAUGUCUUCCUCACUCUGCAGUGCAUCCACUCUGAGCAUCUGUGACCCUUCAGAUUUCCUGGACACCAUGGCUCAGUGACAGAAUUUCACAGACUUAAUAUUUCCCAGGUCAGAUGAGUGCCAUGCCGCCACCAAAUGGCUACUCCAUCAUCCCUUCGGACGAGCGCGAGGACAGUGAGCCCCUCAUCAAGAAUGAUGCAGUUCCUCCUGUGUGCUGCUCGGCUCGCCUCAACCUGGCCUUCCUGAUGUUCUUGGGGUUCUCCAUGGUCUACGGUCUUCGUGUCAACCUGAGUGUUGCCAUGGUAGCCAUGGUGAAUACCACUGAUUCCAAACCAGCCCAGAACAGCUCCAUCACCUCUGCCUGUCCCCUGCCAACAGGGACGGAAAACACCAGUGACACUUUACUACAACCUGAGGGGGUCCCCCAGUAUCCUUGGGACUCGGAGACUCAGGGCUGGCUGCUGGGAGCCUUCUUCUUCGGCUACCUGUGCACACAGAUCCCGGGGGGCUACCUGUCCGGUCACUACGGGGGGACCAUCUUCCUGGGUUUGGGUGUGCUGGGCACCGCGGUCCUCACGCUGCUCACCCCUCUGGCUGCCCAGAUGGGGUCGUAUUGGCUGUUUGCACUGCGAGCGUUGGAGGGCUUUGGAGAGGGUGUGACGUUCCCAGCCAUGAUGUCCAUGUGGGCUCGGUGGGCUCCUCCUCUGGAGCGCUCUCGCCUUAUGUCCCUGUCGGGAUCUGGGGGCAACUUUGGGGCCUUUGUCGCUCUGCCGCUCACCGGCUACAUCUGCCAAACCUUAGGGUGGCCUGCUGUCUUCUACAUCUGUGGGGGUGCUGGUUGCCUCUGGACCGUGUUUUGGUUUAUUUUUGUAUCCGAUGACCCUCACACUCAUCGUCGAAUCAGCAAAGAGGAGAGAGAUUACAUCAUAAACUCCAUCGGACCUCAGGGUACAGGUCAUGGCUGGUCCGUGCCCCUUCUAUCCAUGCUGCUGUCGGUUCCUCUGUGGGCCAUCAUCAUCACCCAGAUGUGUGCACACUGGUCCUACUACACCCUGCUCACCUCCCUGCCUACCUAUAUGAACGUCAUCAUGCACUUUGACCUUAAAUCAAAUGGUUUCCUCUCCGCUCUGCCGUACCUCGGCGGCUGGUUGUUCUCAACGCUGUCAGGUGUCGUAGCUGACAGUCUCAUCGAGAGGAGGGUGUUCAGCGUCACUGUCGUACGCAAGCUCUUCACAGUUGCAGGUCUGUUGCCAGCAGCAGCUCUCCUCGUGGGUGCAAGUUACGCCGGCUGCAGCCACAUCCUCGCUGUCACCCUCCUCACACUCUCCAGCACCAUAUCAGGGAUCACCACCUCUGGAUACUAUGUGAACCAAAUAGACAUUGCUCCGCGGUAUGCUGGAUUUCUUUUGGGAAUCACUAACACUUUUGGGACCAUUCCUGGAGUCUUGGCACCCAUAGCUACAGGAUACUUUACUGAGGAUCACACCCUGGCAGGCUGGAGGACGGUCUUCUGGGUGGCAGCUGGGAUUAACGUCAGUGGCGCUCUCAUCUACACCAUAUUUGCCAGUGGGAAGAUCCAGCAGUGGGCCCUCACUGAGGAGGAGAGAGCAGAAGCGGAGAAACACAGGCGCAGGUCCAUCUCCAGAUAAAACAUACAAAGGCAGACAAAUACAUCAGACAAAUAAACAAAGAUGGCAUAUGUAGUACAGCUUUUAAAGACAGCUGGAUAUAUUUUAACCCAGAACACAAGACAUUUAGAUUACUACCACCAUAAAUUGAUGCAUAGAUUAUAGAAAUAUAUGAUUUACACUUGUUGUAAAGAAUGUGAGAGGUGUACCUACAAUAUUAUCAGCCAAGCAUAGCGUAACAUUCAUAUCAAUAGACCAGGAUAGUUUGAUCAGGAAUAAUUUUAAGGAGUUUUUAUUAAUAAUAUUUUAAAGUUUACACUCAGGUGAGUAUUUUAACUUAUUUGUACAAUAAUUCCAACAAAAAGUAUGUUGGCAAACAUAGGAUUUUUUAAGUGUUAUUAACCAUCUGAACAUUGGCUGCUUUACUUACAUCUGUGUCUGUUUUCUGACCACUUGUGGACUGUCCAGCUGGACCAAAAGAAAUAAGCACUUUUCUGAUACAAAAAUACACCAAAAGCCUUACGUUUGAUGACAGUUUUUUUCUGAAAUAAACUUUUUAGAUGUUUUUUAUUUUAUUGUUUUAUCUUAAGAAAGAUAAGAAUCUUAAUUUUCCUCCAGGAAAAACCAAAGCACCUUCAAAGAUUUUAAUAUUUUUUUCGUAAAAGUGCCAUGAGCUAUGAAAACCAUUUUGAUUUGCAGUGUUUUAAAUCUGACAUCAUCUCUUCAACUACAGUAUUUAUUUUAUAAAAAAAUAAACAAGACGAAACACUUCUGCAGCUCAUGCAAAUACAUCAAAGUGCACUGUGAUUGUAAAGCUAUGAUGUUUUAAAACCAAUGCAAUAACUCAUUUACCUUCUCCAUGCAUUGAAAAUGUGUGAGAUUGUAAAAAUGUCAAAUAUGUGUUACUUUAUAAUUUUUUAGAAAAAACAAUCAAGUUUGUUUUACUAAGUAAAAAACUGAAAUUUGUGGCAUCUGA